GUAUAAAAACGCCCACCGGACAGGGGCAGAAAUGGACAUCACCAGACAGGUCAGCGCUUUACUUUCACAAACUCGAGUCUUUGCCAGAACCGGCGAUGCCAAAUUGGGGUGGAGGAGCCAAAUGUGCGGCCUGUGAGAAGACGGUUUACCAUGCGGAGGAGAUCCAGUGCAACAGCCGCAGCUUCCACAAAACAUGCUUCAUCUGCAUGGUUUGUCGUAAAGGUUUGGACAGCACUACAGUCGCCGCACACGAGUCUGAAAUAUACUGCAAAUCCUGCUACGGCAAGAAAUAUGGUCCAAAAGGUUACGGGUAUGGCCAGGGUGCUGGAGCUUUGAGUUCUGAUCCAGUCAAUAAUGAUGAACUUCAGCCUCAAGAACCCAAAGCUCCACGUCCUGCACCUGCGAACUCAAACUCAAGCAAGUUUGCGCAGAAGUUCGGGAAUACAGAUCGCUGUCCUCGCUGCUCUAAAGCUGUUUAUGCAGCGGAGAAAAUCAUGGGGGCUGGAAAGCCCUGGCACAAAAACUGCUUCCGCUGUUUAUUGUGCGGGAAGAGCCUGGAGUCCACCACGGUGACGGAUAAAGAUGGAGAGCUCUACUGUAAAGUUUGCUACGCCAAAAACUUUGGUCCGAAGGGGCGUGGCCUGGGGAACCCGGGCGUGGUCGAGGAGAGUGAAUGACAAGUGUAGACCAAUCAAGUGCAACCUCCUAUCCGCCUGUUAAGUAGUGACGUAUCAGUGACGUAUGGAAUACUGUUUCCAGGUCCAAGCCGCUACUCAUUUGAAUUGAGAAAAUACUCGUUUGUUUUUAGUCCUAUCACACAUUAAAGUGAAUUUUCUAUAAAAUCAUAGUGUAAACAACAGGUUCUGAACUUGGUGUAUCACACAUACCAAAAUUUGAACAAUUUGUAAAAAGGUAAUCACUUUCUGGCCAUCUGAUAUUGGGUAUGGACAUAUAUACAUUGCGAAUGUAAUUUUUAAAGUAUUACAGCGCUUUGUAAACGUUAAUUAUUACCAUUUGAUGAGUCUCCCCAUAUAGUUGAUAUAGCACUUGGACCUGGAAGCCACUUGGCAUGACAUCACACUUAACAAGCAGAUUCACCACAUGAUAUUUAAACAUGGCUGUCAGUAUUUGCCCCCUAGUGGCAGCUGUAAGAAAAUAAACCAAAAAAAACCCCAAUCAUUUUUCACUUUGCACACAUUAUAUCAAUUUUAAUCAACAUGUUUUAACACACCCAAAGUUCCGUUGCAAAAACUUUCAUCCCAAGCGGCUUUCCAUUGGAGAUUAAAGACCGUCAAAUGUUGUGAGUCAUGUGCAGUGGAAAUGCGGCUUUAUACAUAAAGCUGAAUUGUGUAACUACAAAAACGGUGUGUAGCACUUUAUUUUAUCACACCAUUUGGUUGAGCCUAUGUUCCAGUGUGAGGAUGUUUGGUAUAAAGCAGUAUAACACUGAAAUGGUGCCAUUUAAAAAGCUAAAAAAGUAUUUUGUCCUACCAACAGCUUAGUUCAAGACCUAUUUUACUUUCUUCAGUUGAACACAAAAGAAGAUAAUUUGAAGAAUGCUGGUUGCUGGCACCCAUUUACUUCCAUAGUAAUUUCUUUCUUUCUAUGGAAGUCAGUGGGUGCCAGAAACCAAGAUUUCUUUUUUUGUGUUUAAUUGAAGAAAGACACUCAAAAGGUUUACGACUACACGAUGAGGUCAUUUUCAUUUUUGGAUAAACGUAUGAAAGUAUCGUAACACAAAAAGUGCACACUUCGGCUUUAUAUCUAAUCUUAUGUUAAACUUAUGCACUGAUUACUUCAUAAAAGUAAUAGCACAAUUAUAUAAAUCCUGUCUACUGUAAUUGUCAUUGCAUAAAAACAUAAAUAAAC